AUGACGCUCUUAUCCUCUCCCCUACUUGUUUUCUCCGCCGUCCACCGUCGUGCUCCUCCGCCAUCCACCACCACCCCAACAACAAACCACACUGUCCGGUUUCUGUGUUCUCCCGACGUGCCAGCUGUCCGCUUGGAUCAAAGGUUGCCGCGCUUUGUCGUCCCCGUCGCAGCAGAAGAUCUGCUCUACAAUGCCGGAGCCACCGUCGGCGUUCUCGGCGGCGGUUACGCUCUCGUCCGUGCCUUUGAUGAACUCACUAGGAGAAACAUCCUCCAACAGGGUCUGAGCAGAAAGCUGGUUCAUAUAUUGUCUGGCUUGCUUUUUCUGGUUUCUUGGCCAAUUUUCAGCAACUCCCCUAAGGCUCGCUACUUUGCUGCUUUUGUUCCUCUGGUCAACUGCUUGAGGCUUUUGGUCAAUGGUCUGUCACUCGCUUCUGAUGAGGGACUCAUCAAAUCUGUGACCAGAGAAGGAGAUCCACUAGAAUUGCUAAGGGGUCCCCUUUAUUAUGUUCUGAUACUGAUUUUUUGUGCUCUUGUGUUCUGGCGUGAGUCUCCAGUUGGUGUGGUCUCCUUGGCUAUGAUGUGUGCAGGGGAUGGUAUAGCUGAUAUCAUUGGUAGAAGAUAUGGAUCCUUGAAGAUUCCUUACAAUCAACAUAAGAGUUUAGCUGGUAGCAUGUCUAUGCUUGUCUUUGGAUUCUUGGUUUCAAUUGGGAUGCUCUACUACUAUUCAGUUCUAGGACAUGUGCAGUUGGAUUGGGCAAGCACUGUGCCCAGAGUUGCUUUUAUUUCUUUCGUGGCAACAUUGGUGGAGUCCCUUCCCAUUACUAAGGUAAUAGAUGACAACAUCUCUGUUCCACUAGCUACCAUGGUAGUGGCAUUUUUCACUUUCCAUCAUUAACUCUUGGAGUCUACUGGUCUAGUUCCCGUGAAAUGCCUUACUUGUCCUUCUCUAUCCAAUUUUUCCCUGCGAGUGCGGCAAUAUGAUAUUUAGUUUGUUCAUUGUAAAGAAAUUAUUGAAAAUUUGAUAGCAUAAAGAAUGGCUCAAGUAUUUUGUUGUGUUGAUGUUUUAAUUAACACGAUAAAUUUUAUAGCAUAAA